UCGAAUGCUACUAAAAAAAGCAGCAGGAUUACAUCGAUAAUGAACGGCAUUUAGUUACUAUCAUCAGCACCACCAGGCUGGAGUACGUACUUACCAACGAACGGCCACGUGCCAGGCUGCCGGGAACGGCCAUGUACUACGAGUAGUACCAGGACCAGGAGUUUCUCCGACGACUCGCUGACGCGCCCCCGCGCUGCGGCACGCGUGUCCCGGAGGUCGGUGGCCGCCCCCCUCCCGCUGGCCCCUGUGUCCCAGAAGCCUCUCUCGCUAUAUCCGUCCCACGGCGCCGUGCUUCGCUGCCAAAGUCCCAACCGCGUCCUCGUGUCCAAAACAUUCUGCGGCCUGUUGGAGGGCAGGGCAGCACCAAGUAUCAGUCUAGCCCCGACCUGGCACCAGCAAGCUUCUUUUCUGCCCCGCGGUGGCCAGAAUCGGAAACCACAGCGGCAGGCAAAACCUUGCGGCGUCCGCGUGGAAGUGGAGUCGGCCGUCGCCGCAUAAAGCCAGAGCCGGCGAUCCUGCUGUGCCCAGCAAUCCCCUCUUCUGUUCUCCCAACUAGGAAACAAAACUGCUUUCGUCCAGCCUUCUUCGACCUCGGCCGGGCUCGAUCGGUCCCGUCCAUGGCUGUCGUCACCAGAGGCGCCGCGUCCCUGCCCUUCGUCUUGCUGCUCCCAGUCCUAGUCGUCGUCGUCGUCUUCGCGGCCCCGUCGCCGGCCAACGGCUGCGACCGCUGCGUGCGCCGGUCCAAGGCCACCUACCAGGCUUCGUCGCUAGCCCUCAACGCCGGUUCGUGCGGGUACGGCUCCCUCGCCGCGUCCUUCAACGGCGGCUUCCUCGCCGCCGCCAGCCCCGAGCUCUACAGGGGCGGCGUCGCCUGCGGUGCCUGCUUCCAGGUGCGGUGCAGGGACAGCGAGCUGUGCAGCGCGGCGGGCGCGAAGGUGGUGGUGACGGACCAGGCGCGGACGUCGUCGAACCGCACGGGCCUGGUGCUGAGCGCCGCGGCGUACGCGGCCAUGGCCACCGCCCGCGCCGGCAAGGCCGCGCGCCUCAGGGACCGCCGCGUCGUCGACGUCGAGUACAAGAGGAUACCCUGCGAGUACGCCAAGGACCGCAACCUGUCGAUACGCGUGGAGGAGAAGAGCCGGCCGCCGAGCGACCUCUCCAUCAGGUUCCUGUACCAGGGCGGCCAGACCGACAUCGUCGCCGUCGACGUCGCCACCGUCGGGUCGUCCAACUGGCGGUUCAUGACGCGGGACCACGGGCCGGCGUGGAGCACGGCGCAGGCGCCGGCGGGGCCGCUGCAGCUGCGGCUGGUGGUGACCGGCGGGUACGACGGCAAGUGGGUGUGGGCGGAGUCGGAGGUGCUGCCGCGACGGUGGGAGGCCGGCCGCGUCUACGACACCGGGGUGCAGGUAUCCGACGUCGCGCAGGAAGGGUGCUACCCCUGCGACACGCACCAGUGGCAGUAAGACGCCGCACGGGCUCACUGUGGAUUGUAUACAUUGUUUGUACAGCUCUUUCUUUUUUUUUUCCUUUUUGGUUUGUUUUUGCUUUCCGUCCAUUUUCGGAUGGAUGGACGAAAUAUAUGAAAAUGAUGAGCGGAAUCGGAGAGUGAAAUCAAAUC